AUGAUCCGACGGAACUCCGACAUUGAAUUACAUCUGCCAGACGCAGACGCCGUUCGGGGGGAUAUAGAAAUGCUCACCUCAGACGACGAGAAGCAAGUAUUAUCGCUCCCCCCGCACAUUGCUGCACGUUUCUAUCGCCGCUCCGCCAGCGCACGUCGCGCAUCCGAUAAACUCUCGCGCCGAGGGUCAGUUUCGUCAAUCCAUUCGCAUCACUCCAAUACCUCUUCGCACGGUGGCCCCCAAAGCGAUCACGUUGCUCAGCAUCUCCGUCGUGCCUCCAUUCUAGAGAACCGCAAAGCCCGGCUUGCCGAUCGUGCCGCUCAUGCGGAGAAAGUGAGACUGCGGGCAGCCGUCGCGAAAGCCGCGACACGGAACCUGCAGCGAGAGGAAAGGGCGCUUGCUGCACAGCAGGCUCGUGAGCGGCUUCUGGCUGAAAUUACUGCCAAGUGUGAGGAUGAGGUCCGUCGGGCCAAGAAAAAAGCAGAAGAAACCCGCGAGUUGAAGGCCGCAAAGCACGCUCGUCUUCGCCUGGAGAUGGCAGAGAAAUUUGCCGAAACCGAAAAGCGACGUCUCCAGUAUCAGCAAACACAUCGCCGACCACGGACAACUAGUUUACCGGCUGGAGAGGAAAGCAAGAUGGUGAAAACGGUACUCAGCUCCUUGACCCGUGAUGCUGCUGCUCGGAUCGUCCAAAAGGCUUGGAGGGCCCACGUCGCACGAGCAGUCAUGGACUCGUUCCGUACUCUUGAUCUAUCUCGCCAGAGAAUUGGUGACAUGUCUUUCGAUGACGUGAGUGUUUUUCUUUCUGAUGAAACCGUCUUGGAGACAAUGGCUCGCGUGCUCCGACUGUGUGGCCUGCAGGAUAUGGAAAGUGGAACAAUGGGUGAGCGUGGUGCUGUUCGCACGUUUCUAAGCAGUUACUUGAUCCUCUCCCAUCCUGCUCAAGUAAUGAGUAGCGAUGGUGAGCAGGAGCAAGACCUAAUUGAAAAGGCGCGUGACUUGAUUCUGUCAUUCGAACAAGUCACUAAGCGGCUGCUCAAGCAUCAGUCGCUCACUUCUGUGUCUAGCGAGCUUCAGGUUCUUAGGGAGGCAUACGGAGUAUUCUUUUCGGCCUUCCACGCCUGGAAAACUCAUGAUUCCAGCGUUUUGAUUGAAAUUAUGCUAGCCCAGUUUGUUGAGCUAGAGCUCAUCUGGCAAACUGUAAAGGAGGAUCGCGCAGGAGGCGCUGCUGACGAUUACCAUCAAGGGAUCCGGCAUAACCAAAUUCUCCUCUUGGCCAAAUUAAAACGACUUGCUGGCUCUGAUAAGGCUCUGGACAUGGUCAAGCAGGCUCUCAGGAAGGCGAAACGGGAAAAGAAACGCUCAAAGUCCUCUAAACAAUCGAUUCCUCGGUCUGCUGCGGUCCCCACAGCUGCUGAUGCGCACGCUGACAGUGUAUCUUCCCCGAUAAGUGAGACAUUCAACAAUGUCGAGAGCGCUGUACUUCAUGAGUUGGAUAAGCAAAGAUUAUCCCCUCAUGAAAGCUUUACCAAAGCUCUAACGGCUCUUCCGGAGAACCGUGUUCUCGUGCAUGAGCUACUGAUCAAUCGAGAGUUCCGGAUUGAACAAGCUCAAUAUACUGCUCCCCGCCAGCAGAUCAUGAAACACAUGACGGACAUGAUGAGACGGGACGUCGAAGCUGGGUUUGGCACAAAGUGGGUAGUCGCAAUGGCUACCGUCAUACAAGACCGACUUUUGAGGUCCUUGAGACCUGGGAACUCUUUGCACGUCUUGAUCAGCGAAGCGCUUGAUCCGAAGUUGGUUGAAAACCAGUGUGAUGCGGGCACGUUCUCGUACGAUUCAUUCUUCGAAUUCAUGAGCCGCAUUCUACCUCAGCUCUGCGCACCUUUUCGGGACCCCGAAGUUAAAGCGUUUUCGGAAGACAAAUCUGGCGAUCCUAUCGAUCGGCUCUCUAGAUUGAUGGGUAUUAUCGAUUUACUGUCUUUGGACCAUACUAAUUUCAUGAUUCAUAUGGCUGCUCCUCAGCUUGUCCAGGAGGCGCCGGGGUAUGAACAAAGAACCUUCCAAAAAGGUCUUGAGGAUGGGACAAUCAAGCUGGAUAAGACGAAGACAUUUUGGCAAAAGAAUCGGAACUUAGUGGUUGAUGAGAUGAAACGGCGAGAUCCAGACAAUGCGGAUAGUAGUAAUAUACAGCCUCCGGCGGCAAAGGUCUACGCUCAGGGCUUGGUUGAUCUUGUGCUCAGCAAUGCCCCGGUUUCAUCAGAUCUUGUCCCGGAAACUCUCGAACUUGACCGCGCUCGACUUGAAACGCUGCACAUGACGGCAUUCAAGAUCGCUGCGACAGCAUCCAUCCUCCUGACCGCGAAGAAUUUGCUCAAGCGAGAUGUUCGAUCACAAUGGAAAGCAGAAGCGGACCGCAUUCUGUCGUUGGAUUUUAGUGAGAUCAAGCCAGAAAGAAUACAGUCCAUCAUCGAAUCAACGCGACCAAUGCCGCCUGCUGCUCGAUCCCAACUGCUAUCGACCAUGAAACGCGUCUUGAGUCCCGUUGCCACAGCUUCUACAUCAGUAGACAACACUUUGAGUUCUUCAGCGACAUCUGUCGAAUAUGUUGUAGCACCUCCAUCCUCAUCUUCGUCUUCGUCGUCAUCUUCAUCCGUGAUGAUGACGGAUCUGUCGCCUACAGCAACGGUAGCCGAAGGCAGCAACACCUCAUCCAGCUUCACCGACCCAGUUGCACGACUCAUUCUUACUCGACUUCGUGCACAUAUCCUAUCCCGGCUCAGCGCAGCCAGUGCUAGCGAGCGGGUUCGCACAACGACAACAGCAAGUCAGAGUCUGGCCGCUGCUGGCAUGCCCGAAUUCGUGAACGAGGUGGGCAAGUUGGUUGAUGAGCUUGCCAAGGUGAGAGAGGUCGAUUGGACCUGUCAUAGUAUGGUAUACGAGAGGAUGAUGAGUGAGGUUUAG